UCCCUCCUUCUCUUCCCCCCCCCCCCCCCCCCCGCACCCUUUGACAUUACAGAUAAGCAUGGAUACAAGGGUGCUCCUGUUUCUCUUCAUUGUCAGCUGCUGCUGCUGCUGUAAUGCUAGAGACCUCACAGUCCUGCAGUCGUAUGACAAACUGCCGGAGGGAGAAGCUCAACAUGUGGGAGAACUUAGAAAAAAUGAAAAAUUAUGUACAUUGUGUGAAGAAUUUGCCACUGAGGCUCUUAAUUACCUCUCAGAGAACAAAACCCAGACAGAGAUAAUUGGCAUCCUUCACAAAUCCUGCUCCAGAAUACCUUCAUUCAAGCAGCAGUGCAUUGUUUUGGUGGACUACUAUGCCCCUCUAUUUUUCUUAGAGGUUUCCUCAAUACAAGCCGAAGAUUUCUGCCGAAAGGUUGACCUUUGUGAAGAAGGAGUUUCCAUUUCUCAGGAACUCUCCAAGGAUAAAUGUGAUAUAUGCCAUAAUGCUGUUACAGAGGCUUUACUAAAGUUGAAAGAUCCUGAUACUGAGCUGGAAAUUGUUCAGCUGCUCCUGAAGGCAUGUAACUCGAUCGGGAAAAAUGUCCAAAAGUGCAAGAGAUUAGUUUUCGAGUAUGCGCCUGUUAUUAUUGUAAAUGCCGAGCAGUUCCUGGAAACAAAUGACAUCUGUGCCAUAUUGCACGCUUGUGAUUCAGCGGCAGCUGGUAUGAAUGAAGCAUUAGUAGGUUCAGAGUCAUCCAUGCAUGCUGCGUCUUAAGGGAAGUGAUCCACAUCUGCUUCAUCGUCUUUUAAUACCUGCACGAGUCCAAGUAUUUGCUUCAUUCAGAAGAUCAAAACUCUGCCAAUUUGUAAAUGACGUCUUAGUUUGUCCCGAUUGGUGUUUCAUGACUGAAUAUCUUUUCAUCUUCAACUGUAUUGCACUGAAGCAUGCAUGUGGAUAAAUGAUAGUAAAUGCAGUUGUGUAGACCACAUGGGACGCACACUCCUGGUGUAUCUUCGGAUUUAUUUAUCUGGCUGUGAUUUGUAGAAUAUCCAAAUCCCCAAAUGGGGCCAUGUUUUU